AUGAUUCCAUCCUGCCGCCGCUAUGGGAGCCACAGAGCUCCCUCCUUUCUAACCCCCUCUGUUUUGUAUUUGUUUUCGUUUUUGUCUCAUCCCUGUGUCCACUUGGCAUCCUUUCCUCUUCCCUUCCUUCAGCUGCGGCUACUUCAGCGCUUUCGGCUCCACCCGCCCCCGCAGCUCUUUUCUUCUCUUUCUUCCCAUAGCCACUACUGGUCCUGCUGUUACCUCAGCCACAGUCGCACUGAGCCACGGUGCUCCCUCUACUGGACUCAUGUAUCUGCCCUUCAUCCAGCCCUCUAUGAACCUCGCAGCUCUCAGCCUACCCCCUCGUCCUCCGACGCCCCCAAAUGCUUUCUGAGACAAGCGCACUACCCAAUACCACGACAUCCUGCCGUGCUCAGACGCAGCAGUAGGUGGUUCGCCUCCGAUCAGCCACCUGAAUGGUCCCCCACCCUGAGUCUCGACCCCCGGGUUAUUAUAACAAAGUUCUCACGGCCCUCCCCCCCGAACGCCAUUUUUCUCCUCUGUCCCCUCUCAGUGGGCAUCACAGUGGUUAGCACUUAUACCUCACAGCAAGAAGGUCCUGGGUUCCAACACUGGCAGUCCCAGGUCCUCUCUGUGUGGAGUUUGCAUGUUCUCCCCGUGUUCGCAUGGGUUUCCGCCAGGAACCACAGGGGGAUGACGAAGCAGAAAGCUCAUCGAGACAUGUCCCCCACCCUGAGUCUCCACCCCCGGGUUCCUAGACGCUCCAGCCUCUUUGUGAUUCCAUUUGGUCCCCGGUCAUCCCCAUGCCAUCGACCCCCUUCAUCCCUCUCCUGGCCCCCAUCCAGCCCACCAUACACUAUCCUCAUCCAAUCUAGAACCCUCUCGACAAUCCAAAUAAAACUACUUUUUAUACCGUUCAAAGGGUGUGGUCUUGGUUAGUGAAUAUGGUCAUAAAUUGAAACAGGUAAAAAAGAGUACUCUUGAUUAUUUUAGUGGUGAGUGCCCACAUCAUGUCACCCAUCAACAAUGCUCAUGAUAUAUUGAACAGUACAUAAAAGCAUUUUUAUACAAAACAUCAUGUUAUCCAGGUUACAG